GUAAAUAAGCGCUAGACACAGUCCAUUCUCUUUGGUAGUCACGUUCGCCGACGGCAAUCGUAAUCGGAGCCACCGCAUCUCCGACAAGAAUCUCGAAGUCUCUCUCGUUUGAUUUCCACUUCAAGUUCAAACUUCUUUCUCUGAUUAUGCAAAGCUCCGCAUGAAACCCUAAAAAUGAGUGCGGCAGGAGGUGCAUUUGGUGGCAAUAGGGGGCUCCGUCCAGUGCCCCCCGAAAAAGGAAUAUUCCCAUUGGACCGCAUGCAUUUAUGUGAUCUGGAUAAGAAAGAAUAUCUCAAUUGUCUAAAGACUGCUGGACACCAGUCUGAAAAAUGCAGGGAAUUCUCAAAAAAAUACCUGCUUUGUCGUAUGGAAAAGAACUUGAUGGCAAAGCAAGACUUGGCAGAACUUGGUUUUAAGGGAAGUAAUGUAGAAACUCCUGGAGAGAAAAUUACCGACAGGAUUGAUAAUUGAGACCAUUGAACCCAAAGAAUUAAGAAUGUAUAUUACUUUUGAGGUUAACUUUUGGUAAUGUCGUUUUCCCGUUGUUAUUCAAUUCAUUUGAUAAGCAAGAUGUCUAACCAUGGAAUGGUGUCAACGGUAUGUCGGUGAACAAAAAAUGAUGGACACAGUUUGUCUCAUUCCCUCAACCAGUCAUGUGGUUAUACUUACAUGGAAGUGGAUUACUAUUGCAAAGAGGCAUUUUGUUCACGGCUCUUUUUCCUUAAUGUAGUGGGCAAAAAGCAAAGCUGAGGAGCAUUUUUGGGAAUUCCAAGUUCACUACAGUUUUUUCAAUAUCAGUUCGAGAAUCAUUUGUAAUUUCUUCUGUGCCGUAAAGACAUAUUAAUAUGUGUUUAUGAACAAAUCUUUUAUCAGAUGAAUAUUUGGUCUUAAAAGUCGAAUUCUGUGCGCGAUUUAA